CCCCUCAUAAAUAAUGUGAAAUUUGGUAAAAACAAAGGAGGUUUUUCCUGGAAAUAAUAUUUUCUGAUGAUUUGGCAACGCCGGCCAACACACGCGCCUUUACUUCCGCCGAUUGGCAAAAUCAAAUCCCUUUUCUUCCGGGAUUUCCCGAGCCCAGCACCAUGUUCCCGCAGCGCCUCUCGGAGCUCUUCCGCGCUCCGGAGACCUACAAACCGCCGCCGGACCGGGAGCUGUCCGGCAACGUGGAGUACCCGAAUCUCAACGUGAAGGAUCUGAACGCGCGCCCCGAGAACCUAGCGCCGCGGCUCCACGACUGCUGGGACAGCAUAGCCGUCAGCGAGCACAACCACUUCGCACUGGCCACCAACCGGCGCGAGGGAGGCCAGUGGUGGGGCAUGUUCUUUGGCUGCGGACGCAGUCAGCUGAACCACUUGGCCGUGGACAAUGCCGACUUCAGGCUGCAGGCCGAGCACACGGUGAACAUUGUGCGCUACGCGGAGCGCAAUGUGCUCCUGGUGGCCCUCGGCGACACGCGCCUCCAGGUGUGGUCCACCUACGCCAAGGUGCGGUCUCCACAGACGCCCUACUGCCUCUUCCUGCUGGGCGAGUCGCCCGCCCAUCCCACGCCCAUUAGCCAGCUGAGUGUCUGCAGGGCGGACCGGCAGAGAGCCGUCUCGGGCUCACCGGAUGGCACCCUGAAUGUCUGGGAUUAUUCGGGCGCCGAUCUGGUGAGCUCCUAUCAUACGCGCUGUGCGCACACCGAUAAGAUGACCGCCCUGGCCACGCCCUCGGCUUCCCACGACCAGUUUGUGACCUGUGAUCGCGGCGGUUGCGCCCGCCUCUGGGAUGUCCGCGCUGCGGCUCCGUCUUCCACGUGCCUCUACGCAGACUCCUCCCGCCUGCUGAGCUUCACCAGCGCCGCCUGGGCCUCUCCGACCGAGCUGCAGGGCGACAACUACGUUUACAUCGGGGACUACGACGGCAUGGUGCACACUCUGGACAUCCGAGUACCAAGGAAACUGGCGGAGUCCCGGGAGUACUUCGACCAGGGCCAUGUCUCGCAACUGCUUAUCAAUGGGCCCCUUCUGGCGGCCAUGAGCAAUUCGCCCGCCUCCGUGAAAGUUGCCGAUGUGCAGGCGGACCAGGAGUUCAUCUACUCGCACCGGGACACCCACACCCGCCUCACGGAUGCCGUUUGGACCGGCGACAGCACCCUCAUCACCAUCGGAUAUGGCCGCAAGAUGGUGUCCCACGCGAUUAAGUGAAUUCGCCGGAGAUCCUGCGAUGUGGUUUAGUUUUCUUGCAUUUACUUAAUUAUAGUGAUAAUGACUAAAAAUAAAUGUACAAACGUA